AUGCCUCUCAAAGUCGCUGUCAUCGGUGCCGGACCCGCGGGUCUGGCGACCGCGAGAUAUCUGAAAUGGGCACACUUGUUCUUCGCGAUUGAACCUAUCCAGAUCCGGGUCUUUGAGGCCGAGGAUGAUAUCGGAGGCACGUUCAAGUAUCGAGUGUACGAGGACGCUGAACUCGUCUCGUCUAAAUACCUGACCGCCUUCUCCGAUCACCGCCUGCCCCGAGAUGCCGCUGAUUAUGUCACCCCGGCUGUUUAUGUACAGUACCUAAACGAAUACUGUGAUCGGUUCGAGCUUCGACCUCACAUCGAAUGCUCGUCUAAGGUCACUCGCACUGAAAGAGUAGAUGGCGGAGGGCAUAUCGUCACCGUCGCCCGCAAUGAUGGCACAACCUUCGACUACGACUGUGAUGCCGUUGCCGUCUGCUCCGGACUCAACCUCGAACCCCGUAUUCCUGACAUUCCGGGGCUGGAGAAGGUCCCCAAGGUCCUCCACUCAUCGCAAUUCAAGAGCCGAGAUCAACUACGAGAUGUCAAGAGCGAUAAACCCACCGUCGUCAUCGUCGGCACGGGAGAGACUGGUCAAGACCUCGGUCAACUCGCGGCGACGACAGAAACCGUUCAACAUGUCGUGAUGUGCCACCGAGAUGGAUUCGUCGUUGCGCCCAAGACUGCACCGACACCAAUCAUGUUCGGGUUCUGGGGCAGGAAUAGCAAAGUAAACGAUAAACCCGUUGACUGUUCCAUCGCUAGUCUCUUCGACACUGCAUAUGUUCCCCAGAAACUGCAGUCGAGCCAACUGCUUUGGGAUUUUUACAACCAACAGAUCGACGUUACAUUCUCGCUAAUUGGUGGGACGCUUGAGGGCUGGGACCAACAUGUCGGCGGCAUGCGUCGGGAGAGGAUGCACAUCGAUCACUUCUUCCCGGCCAAAUCCACCCGUGCUGUGCCAUACCUCUCAGCGCCUUGGCGGCCGCCUCUUUCGGCCAUGGAGCGGAUACGCCGAUUCUUCUUCUAUAUCAAAGAGCUUGACGUCGACACCAAGGGUCGAUACAUUGACGUUGCGCCUUGGCCCGAGUAUGUUGACGACGAUGGUGUGUUGCACUUCCGCGAUACCGGUAGACCAGAGUCGGAGAAGAUAAAGCAGAUGGUGGUGAAGCCUGAUGUUAUUCUAUUUGCAACUGGCUACACCCGCCGCUUCCCUUUCCUCGAUAAGAGCUAUGGCACACCCGACACAGCCGAUGUACGAGCCAUCUACCACAGCAGCGAUGUAUCAGUAGGGUUUAUUGGCUUCGUGCGGCCGAACUUGGGUGCAAUUCCCACCCUCGCCGAGAUGCAGACCCAAUACUGGAUCCUUCAACUACUCAGAUCCAAGUACCCUAACGUCCCUGGCCUAACAACACCGUCGAAAGGACUCACUUUGGAUCCGAACGCCCUACCCGGCUACGACAUCGACUGGAAGCUCCACCCUCGAUGUGGCAGAGACCCGUGGGCCGAAAAGCGCGGUGUCGACCACGAGAGCUACGUAUACCAGCUAGCCCUCGACAUGGGCUCAGCACCACGGUUCAGCUAUGUCUACUCCAAGGGUUUCAAGGCCUUGUACACUUGGGCAAUGGGUAGCAACUUCAAUGCAAAGUUCCGCCUUGUGGGACCCUGGAAGAACGAGGAGGAGUCGCUGCGCAUCAUUCGUGGCGAGCUUUACGACAUCGUCAAGCGGUCUGGCGGUAUGCUAUACAUGAUCGCCAACACCUUGAUACCCUUUUUCUUGUUCGGCUCGAUGAGCAUGGCCAUCCAUACGUGGGAGUGGACCAAGAGCUUGUUCCACCCAUGGACGCGGAAGGGGGGUCAAAUACGCCUCCUCGAGUCUUAA